GUGAUGACGGACGAGUGUAUUGCCAUAAACUACGAAUACAUAAGGAGAAUGGAAAAAACAAGCAUGUUGAUGCAAAGUAUAGAUAAAAUAGAUGCACAACCAACGGGACGAGAAAAACCCACUGCCGGUGCAAUUAAUUCAUUUGGAAUCAAUAAAGGCAGCAGUGGAGUAGGGGAAGAUGUUAGUGCAGGAUUCCACAAAUAUACUGCGCAUAUGCCCACCGAGCGUCACGCCAGCCAAUAUAAUAUGAAUCAUAAGAAUCGGGGUCUUGCUCUAAUUUUUAAUCAUGAAAAUUUUGAUAUACCAUCUCUGAAACCUCGUCAAGGAACCAAUGUAGACUGUGAAAAUCUUAGUGCUGCUCUGAAGAAAUUGCACUUCGAAGUAAACACUUUUAAAGACUGUAAAUUGAGAGAGAUUCUAAAGCAUGUGGACCAUGCUGCCUCUCAAGAUCAUACUGAUAAUGACUGCGUCGUGGUGGCUAUAUUAUCACAUGGUGAACAUGGAUAUCUCUACGCGAAGGACGUUCAAUACAAAUUAGACACCAUUUGGCACUACUUUUCAGCUCAUACUUGCCCCACUCUGGCCGGAAAGCCUAAAUUAUUUUUUAUUCAAGCUUGUCAAGGUGACCAUUUUGAUCCUGGGGUUAUGAUGUGUAGAACCGAAACUGAUGGCGAAACAUCAAUGAGUUACAAAAUUCCUGUACACGCUGAUUUUCUCAUUGCCUAUUCCACCAUACCUGGCUUCUACUCAUGGCGCAACACCACUAAUGGCUCUUGGUUUAUGCAAUCACUUGUGGAAGAGCUGAAUAAGAAUGGCAAAAAACAUGAUAUACUGACAUUACUAACAUUCGUUAAUCAGCGUGUUGCUGUCGAUUUUGAAUCAUGCGUUCCAGAUUGUCCGAUAAUGCAUCAGCAGAAACAAAUUCCAUGUGUUACUUCGAUGUUAACGCGUAUAUUGCGCUUCACAGACAAACCAUCUGGAGCCACAUAAGUCACACAUUAACAUUUGGACACCUGCUUCAAAUAGUGGAGUGUGCGAUUCGAUUGAAAAAUGAAAGCUAUUUUUGUAGUAUUGUACACAGAUGGUACAUUAUUUUUGAACUGAAAGGAGUUGAUACAUACAUAAUCAUUAAGAAAUCAUUAAUUUGUGCAACUGCAUACAAACACCUCAAGAGUGUAUUAAAAUGCAGAGACUGAACUGCUUCCCAUAUUCACUGCUUUAAUUUUGCCAUUUAUUGAAAUAUAUUGUAUUUUGAAUAACAUACAAAUGAAAGUAAUUGUAUUUUAAAUAUAAGAUUGAAUUGACUUGAAUUAAACAAA